UUAUCUCAAUCCGAAAUGGCUGCUAAGUUCGUCAUAGUGCUCGCGCUGGCGGUGGCCACCCAGGCGUCAGUGGUGCCGGUGCCUGUGGCACGCACAGACGACUACACCAGCUUCGCGUACGACGUUGCCGACCCCAACACCGGCGACUACAAGAGCCAAGUCGAGACGCGCGUCGGCGGCGUCGUGCAGGGCCAGUACUCGCUGCUGGACGCUGAUGGUACCAAGCGUACCGUCGAUUAUUCCGCUGAUGAUGUCAAUGGUUUCAACGCGGUCGUGCGCAAGGACCCUGUUGCUGUUGCUGCGCCUGUUGUGAGCGCGCCUGUUGUCAGCGCGCCGGUAGUUGAAGCCGCUCCCGCUGUGGUUGCUGCGCGCGCCUCCCCUGCGGUGUACUCUGCGGCUCCUUCCGUGUACUCUGCUGGUCCUUCCGUGUAUUCUGCUAGUCCUGUCGUGUAUUCUGGUGCUCCCGUUGUCCGAACAGUUGCUGCGCCUGCCAGUUACGCUGCUCCAGUAGCAUACUCUGGCUACUCUGCACCUGUUGCUUACUCCAACAGCAUUGCAAGUCCUUAUUACCCUGUUCCUUACUCUACCUAUUAUUAAUUCCUCCAAACUGGCCUCAACG